AUGACAGUGCUCCGGGCUCCCGCUCCAUUUAACGGCAUUCAUGGACGCGGACCCUCCACUGUCCGCUCCUCUCUAACGGGCUGCAGCCGGCGCUUCGUCGCCGACACAAACCUGGAACUUUUCCUGCCUCUACCCUCGUCCCCACCCCGCCCCACCCCGACCCCCGCCACCCCGGCGCUCAUGUCCUUUGGCACCAGCACAAAAACGGGAUUCUCCGUGCGGGACAUCCUGGAUCUCCCCGACACGACGGGGGGACGCGGCGGCUCCGGGACCGAGGGGGCGGAGGAGGACGACGCCGAGGAGGCAUCCGCGGAGGGCUCCGGCUCGGGAAACCCGCAGGAGUUGGAGCUUUGCGGCCGGGAUCUGUGUGAGCGCGGCGUCGGGAGCCUCGGCAGGUGGAGCCGCGGACCCGUACACGGCCUCUCCUUAAAGUCCCGCACCGAGCCGAAAUUCCCCGGGCUCUCCGCGGACAAGACCCCGGAUGCAGAGCGGGACCCAGCGGGCGGAGAGGCGCAGAAGGGCCGCGGCAGGAAGCGGCGGGUGCUGUUCUCCAAGGCGCAGACCUUCGAGCUGGAGCGCCGCUUCCGGCAGCAGCGCUACCUGUCCGCCCCGGAGAGGGAGCACCUGGCCGGGAUGAUCCGCCUCACCCCGAACCAGGUCAAGAUCUGGUUCCAGAACCACCGCUACAAGAUGAAGCGCGCCCGGGCCGAGCGCAGCCUGGAGGCGCUGCAGCUGCUGCCGGCUCGCCGGGUCGCCAUCCCGGUCCUGGUGCGGGACGGGAAGCCCUGCGACCGGAUCCUAGCGCAGGACCUGGAGGCGCCCUUCAGGUCCGGCCUGACCCUGCCUCUGUGUGCCUACUCCCCUCUGCUGCACCCCGCCUACGGACCGGAGCACCCCGGGCUGCCCCAGCAUCACCCGGGGGUGCAGCAGCUGGCGCACAUGUACCACUGGAGCUGGUGA